AUGACAUACAGUAAAUGUUUGUGCAAUGGAGAAUAUGCAGAAAUUAUUAGUUACGACAAUGCACUGUCAAAUCUAUCUGAUAAUCCUGAUAUUCAAGAUUUUGGACAAUAUGAGUGCAAAGUAAUGAUGUUCAUACGUCAACAAAUAAAAUCAAGAGAAAAUAAAUUUCUUUGCAAUCAGAGUGAAAAAAUAUUAAUGAAUGACAAUGUUAAUUUAUUGAACUCAGAAUGUAAUCUAACGACAAAUUCUAUGCGUGGAAUUAAAUCUAAAGCACUAUUUUAUCGAUUGUCGAUUGUUAUAGUACUGAUUAUUGCAAUGAUCCUGCGAAUGACAGGCGAUGGGGAAAUCAAAUUUUGUAUUCCUGUUUCAUUAAAUCAAAUCUCACAAUCAAAGUUUUUUUAAUAGCUGAAAGAUAAAGUUGAUUGUCAUUGAUUUUGAAAAAAAAUUAUCCAAAAAAAAUUUUA